GCGACCUGGGCGAGCUGUUGAAUAGAGUGCAACAUCACAGGUGUUCAAAUCAUUACUGCAUAAGGGUCGAUAGGACUACUGGCCAACCGGUUUGCAGGUUUAAGUUUCCUUUCCAGGAAGAGCCUAUCACUAGGCUUUUUGAAAAUGAGAAAGGCCUAUGGGAACUAAUUACCGCUCGAAAUGACAGCCUUCUAAAUAAGUACAUGCAGUGGGUGAUUCAGCUGUGGCGAGCCAACAUGGAUGCUAGCCCUGUACUUUCUAUGAAGUUUAUGCUCAGGUACAUUGCCAAAUACACGGCAAAAGGUGAGAAACAGUCUGUGACCUGCCGGGAGCUCGUGGGAGCGAUCCUGGACGAUGCCGGCGACGAGGACUCGGCCCGCUCCGUCAUUCAGAAGCUGCUGAUUAAGACGGUUUCAGAGCGAGACUACUCAGCGCAGGAGGUGUGCCACAUCCUCACCGGCCAGCCGCUACACAUGUCGUCGCGCUCGUUCAAUGUGGUGAACCUGAGGAAGGACGAGUGGGUUGAGCUCCGCCCAGACGGUCACGGAGGCGACGGGGACGGCGAGGACGUCGAUGACCCGGUCGGCCACGCUGACGCCCAGGGUGACGCCGAGCGGCAGGACGCCGCGGAGGGCGAGGAAGGCGCUGACGAGGCAAUCGCUGGGGGAGAGGAUGUUUCAACAUUCCCUGCCUUUGUGAAAGCCUACCAAAACCGUAGGUUGGUUGCCAUGAAUGACUUGACUCUGUUCCAGGUGGCCAAAGCUUACUCUUGGCGUAACAAGAGAUGGAGCCGCAACAUGAGAAAUGGGCGGCCGUACGACGCCGUCGUGCGGGCAUUCCCCCGCCUCAAACUCACAGGCAACGAGGAGAAGGACGAGGACUUCUACCGAAUCCAGGUGCUGCUGCACACUGCCUGGCGCACGGAGGAGGAUGCCAAGGGUGCGUUCGACACCUGGAAGGCGGCCUUCGAGGCGCGCGUCCCCGCGGGACUCGUCCCCGUGGAGGCCAUGGAGGGCGCCGUGGCGGAAGCGGCCGCCGAGAUGGCUGUGGAGGAGGCUCUGUUCGAGCCGCCCGAGGAACCCGAGCCCGAGGUCGACGCCGAGGUCAUGGAGCAGUGGAUGGCGCUGGCCAGGAUGGGUCCAAACGGACAGGCCGAGAGAGUGGAGCUGGGCCGGCGUGAGAUGGACCUGGCCUACGACUGGCAGGAGUCGGCCGGUGCCUAUGGCGACAUCACCACUCUGCGCCACUUCAUCUCCACCCAGAAAGCGCUGCACGUCGCUGCAGAUGACGACAUUGUGGUGGACGACGUCGUCUACACCCCCGAGCAGCAGGGCCUUAUCAACUUGGUCCAGGAGCAGAUCAACGCGCUCCGCAAUGGGGCCCCUCCCCGCGGGCACGAUGCAGUGCCAAAGCGUGUUCAGAUCCAAGGCUCCUCGGUCUGAUGGAGAGACGCUUGCGUGAGGCGAAACCUCACUGCGACGAGGUGUUCGCUGGUCUCAAUAUCUUUCUUAUCGGGGACGUCCGCCAACUGCCCCCGGUAGGAGACUCUCCGCUGUACUCCGCUAGGCGGAUGGCCGGCGACGAGGCCGCGCACGGCAAGAUGGUCUAUAGGACUUUCAAUAAGUCCUUUAUCCUAUCCGUGUCCCAGCGACAGGCCGACGUCACCUUCCGUGACGCACUCGACCGGCUGAGUGUUGGCACCACCA